AGCCAGAGGAGGAGGAGGCGCAUGUGGAGGAGAGAGAGAGAAUGCGGGACUCUUGGAAAAAGACGCAUCUACACUCGGUCCAUCAAUGAGACAUCCAUCCCGAGCACAGGAUGCACAGGAUUAUGCUUAAUUGAUGCUGAUGUCGGGAUUUCCUUUUUAACCCGCUAAGGCUCUAAUAUUCUAUUUUCUGAGAGAAAAAUAUUACAAGAAACUCGCUCUGAAAAGCACUCUUGUCUCUUCAUAACUUGCGCGAAGGAAUCCGACGGCUUGGCACGUUGCUCCACUGCGGGAAAAAGAGGAGAACGCAGCUGGAUCUUAAGGUAAGAAAAGAUCCAGUAGAGGCACCCAGACUUUUUUUUUCAAAUUAUUUUUUAUUUCUCUUCGGGGAUGUUAGUUCAUUUUCCUUGGCGUCCGGAUAGCCGAGCAGUGUUUUUUUUCUUCUUUUGUGUAGCCUAGUGGUGCUGCAUUGCAGUUUCUAACUGUGAAAAACGCGAGAAAAGCCGCUGUCCCAAAUGUGACUGGAAUAAAAAGAACUUACAAAUGGCAUUAUGAACUAAUAAGCGUCCUCGUAGGACAACGGGAUACUCUCCGGUUUGCUGGAAAGAAAGGCGUGAGGAAGAGUGAAGUGGAUUAAUCAAAGGCUGAUGAAUUAGUUUUUUUUUUUUCUUUUUACGCAGCAGGAUGGAUUUUUUGAUAUCCCUGUGGCAUGAGCAGCCCAGAAAGAUAACGGAGUCAUUAUAGAAGUUGAAAAACCCUGCCGAGUGUAGGAGAAGAAAUAAAAGAAAGGAACCUGUACCGCUUAAGUGAACUACUGUGGUGGUGCAGAAGCGGUUCCCCGGACCUCAGGCGGCAGCCCGCAGAGAGUGAUAGGGAGAAGGUAAGAAAGGAUAAAUCAAACACCCACGCUGUGAGGUACACAAGACCACAAAACACUAAUAGAGAACAGACAAGCCGCAGCUCGGAGGUAGACGGAGACGAGAAGAAGCCAUGCAGAGGCUUGGUGCAGUGCACUCCUCCGCGGCGCAGGCUCUCAGCCUCGUGGUCUUAGUGCUGCAGCUGCUGACUCAGCUACCGGGUGCCGACUCAGCUCUCCGGUACCGGGUGGCGGAGGAGGGUCCACCUGACGUCAAGAUUGGCAAUGUGGCCGCCGACCUGGGCCUCACGGCAGGUACAGGCAGCGGGGAUGUCACCUUCGCUCUGGAGAGCGGCUCUGAGUUCUUCAAGAUAGACAAUGUGACAGGUGAGCUGACGACAGGCCCACGACGCAUUGACCGAGAGAAGCUCCCCCAGUGCCAGAUGAUAUUUGAUGAAAAUGAGUGUUUCUUGGACUUUGAGGUGUCAGUCAUCGGGCCACUGCAGAGCUGGGUAGACUUGUUUGAAGGCCGUGUGGUCAUAACAGACAUCAAUGACAACACCCCUUCCUUCCCCUCACCUGUCCUCCAGCUCUCAGUUGAGGAAAAUCGCCCAAUAGGCACCCUUUACCUGCUGCCCACAGCAACAGACAGGGAUUUUGGACGAAAUGGCAUUGACCGCUAUGAGCUGAUCCAAGAUGGUGGAGCUGGGUCAAGUUCAACAAGACGCACAGCAGGAGGAAACCCUAUUACUAGAGUGGAUGGACUUGGGGACCGAAGAGGUAGAAGUGGAGAUAAUGGAGGAGCAGCCAGGAGCACUGUGUUUGAACUACAAGUGGCAGAUAUACCAGAUGGUGAAAAACAACCACAGCUUAUUGUGAAAGGCACAUUGGAUCGUGAGCAAAAAGACUCAUACGAGCUUGUCCUCCGGGUUCGAGAUGGGGGGAACCCACCACGUUCUUCCCAAGCCCUGCUUCGUGUUUCCAUCACUGAUGUGAAUGACAACAGCCCACAAUUCGAAAGGUCAACAUAUGAGGCAGAAAUGGCAGAAAAUGCUCCUCCAGGUACACCUGUCCUCCAAGUCAGAGCUUCAGACCGUGACAUUGGAGUCAAUGGGCAGGUGGAAUAUGUCUUUGGAGCUGCUACUGAAUCUGUCAGGCGACUCCUGCGGCUGGAUGAGGCAACUGGAUGGCUGAGCGUUCUUCACAGGAUCGACAGGGAAGAGGUGGCUCAACUGAGGUUCACAGUAAUGGCCAGGGACAGGGGUCAGCCCCCACGCACUGACCGAACCACAGUGGUUUUGGCUGUCCGGGAUGAAAAUGAUAAUGUCCCAGUUGUAGAAAUCAGAAAGAUUGGACGGAUCCCAGUAAGAGAUGGAGCAGCAUUAGUACCAGAGAAUGUUCUGGUGGACACACCAGUAGCUCUGGUGCAGGUGUCAGAUCGAGACCAGGGAGAGAAUGGGGCUGUGACCUGCACAGUUGUAGGAGAUGUCCCGUUCACAUUGAAACCAGCGGGUGAAACAGCACUUCCACCCUUACCUGUAGAUGAAGCCUUUGACAGGAACAAGAAAAAAUACUUCUUACACACCUCUGCCUUGCUGGACUAUGAGGUCACCAAAGAGUACAGUGUUACCAUUGUGGCAGUAGAUUCUGGAAGCCCCAGUCUGUCCAGCAACAGCUCACUGAUGGUGCGAGUGGUAGACAUCAAUGACCAUGCCCCAACCUUUGCCCAGAGUGUUGUGGAGGUCCACUUUGCCGAGAACAACUCACCUGGUGAAAGGGUAGUCACUGUGGUCGCCACAGAUGCAGACAGCGGCAAGAACGCGGAAAUUGCAUAUUCACUGGACCCUGUUGUUAACGGGCCAUUUUACAUAGACGCAGAUAACGGAGAUAUCCGUGCAACCGGUGUUUUGGACCGUGAGCAACGAGAGAGGUAUGAACUCCGGGUAAUUGCCAAGGACAAGGGCACGCCCUCUCUGCAAGGCUCUGCUACUGUUGUUGUUCAGGUGACUGACCGCAAUGACAACGCACCAAAGUUUGUUCAGGAAAUCUUUACAUUCUACGUCAAAGAGAACUUGCUUGCCAACAGCCCAGUUGGCAUGGUCACUGUGACUGACGCUGAUGAAGGUGAGAAUGCGGAACUUAGUCUGUUUGUAGAGAUGGAUGGAGUUGAUGAGAAGAAGACAGGAGAGAAGACGGAGGGAGAAGAUGGAGAGAAGGAGCGAGAAGAGGUGUUUUCCAUUGAGAACAACACAGGAACUAUCUUCUCCUCUGCAUCGUUUGACCGUGAAAGGCUUUCCACCUACACCUUCCGUGUUCGGGCUGUGGAUGGAGGGGAGCCACGCAAAACAGCCACUGCCACUGUCUCACUCUUUGUGACAGAUGAAAAUGACAAUGCCCCUUCAAUCUUCUCUCCAGCCAAUGAGUCCUACACCCUCCUUCCACCUGCCAGCAGUGCCCGCACUAUAGUCAGGACUGUAAGUGCCACAGACUCAGACACUGGCCCUAAUGCAGAACUUCGCUAUGCUCUGGUGGGGGGAAAUCCCUUCAGACUGUUUGAGAUUGGCCACAUCAAUGGCGUGAUCACCCUGGCAGAACCGCUGGAGCGGCGCCAUAGAGGUCUGCAUCGCCUUGUGAUCAGGGUCAAUGAUAGUGGGAUCCCCUCUCUCUGUGCUACUGCCCUGGUUCAUGUCUUCAUCAACGAGAGCUUGGCCAACGCCACCCUAGUGGAUGCACAGGUGGCCCGAAGCCUGAUGGCUCCACUGUCACUGGACAUUGCAGGGGACCCAGACAGUGAGCGUGCAUUAGGGAAACAACGCCUCAGUGUAGCUAUUGGUGUCUUAGCUGGAGCCGCAGCGGUCAUCCUGGUGAUCCUCCUUGUAGUCACAGCCCGGCAGUGUGGAGCUCAAGGCAAGAAUGGCUAUGAGGCCGGUAAGAAGGAGCCAGAGGAGGAUUUCUUCAGUCCUCCAGGGGCUCAACCACAGGCAGGCCGUGGUGGGGGAUCAGACCGUGGACGCAAACCUCGGCGGGACAAACGCAACGGAAGUGGCGGCAGUGCAGCCGCAGGAGGAGGAAAGUCAGACAGAUCACUCUACAGUGGUAUCGUCACAGUAAAUGGGCUGCGUCGCCACGCCAAUGACGACGAUGAUGAGGAUAUGAGCAGUGCUAGCGAGCGCCUGGCAGCCCGCUACUGCGCUGUGGACGGUGACCCCGGCAGCCCGCGAAUGGGCGGAGGCAGGAGGCACCAGUCAAGCCCAGAUCUUGCCAGGCACUACAAAUCCAGCUCACCUCUCCCUGCAGUGAAUCUACAGCCCCAUUCCCCCCCAGCUGAGGGAAAGAAGCACCAGGCAGUCCAGGAGCUGCCUCCCUCCAACACCUUUGUGGGCAGUGGGGGUUGUGUGGGGAGUGCCGGCUCCAGCAGCAGCAGUAGUGGGGGCAGUGGCAAUGCUGAUGCCAUGUCCCUGGGAUCUGACCAGUGCUCAGAGUACGGCUGCCAGACUGGGAACAAGUACAGCAAACAGGGGACCCUUCGCCGGGUGACCUUCUCCGUAGUCAGCCAACCCCAGGAUGGCGGUUGCUAUGACAGUGGCAUGGAGGACUCGGAGACACCAAGCAGCAAGAGUUCAUCAGGGCCGCGACUGGGAGCCCUGCCGCUGCCUGAGGAAGGCUACGAGCGGACCACACCGGAAGGCAGUGUGGGGGAGGAGGAGCAUGUGGAGAAUGAUGCCAGACAGCUGCCAGAUGUAGCUCUGACAGGAAAGUGUACCAGGGAAUGUGAUGAGUUUGGCCACUCUGACACCUGUUGGAUGCCCGUCCGCCCAUCGCCUCGCCAGCGCCAGCGCCACGGCAGUGACCCCCCACGGCUCUCCACCUUCACCCCAGGAGACGACAACAACAAUCUCCGUGGUAACGACCACGAGAGUGACAGCGAAAGCGCCGGCAGUGCAGGGAGCUCAGAACCAGGGGUGGUCAUCAGCGGAGAAGGUCAAAGACUACCCUUAGCCAACGGCGAUCCUCUCGGCACCCUGGGUAGUGGAGACCGCAACAGGAACAUGGGCGAUCACAACCGUAACCUUCUGAACCGCAAGAUGACUUCAGCAUCCUAUGACACAUUCAGCAGUGCAGGCUUUGGGAGGCGCCAGCAAGAGGAGGAAGGAGGAGAAGGCCAGAACCCACCUGAGGUCAUACCACUGACGCGGACAGGAGGGGACUACAAGACCACGUCCUGCCUCACGUUGUCACGCCGCGAGGUCUACCUGUGACAGCCUUGCAAUGGAACAAUCACCACACCAUUCCCUUUUCUGAAUAAAGAGGGAGGGUGAAGACUGUACUGGCAAGUCAUCAGUUUGGAAGGCCUUUUAAAUCUGUGAAGAUGUGAAAAUGUCAGAAAAGAUGUUUUCCAAAAAUCAUGUAUCAAUUUGGAACUUCUGGAUUCUGACUAAUAUUUAUAGGCACUUAAACUUAAGCAAGUGAUGGAUCGACUCUUUGGAGAGCUCUGGCCAGGAGUACUUUCUAAAAAAAAAUUAUCUUUUUUUAACUAUUAGUAAAAGCUGCCUACAGGCAAAGAUCCUAUUAUGUCCAUGUAGAGGAGGACAACUUCAUCUCCUCUUCUUUUUACCUGAAUCCAAUGCAUGUCUGACCCUCUGGCACAGAGGAAUGUGUGUGAAGAAGAAAGAGAUUAAGACUGAGUAAAUCCUGAUGCUAUAAAUGUCUUGGCGCAAAGAAAAACUUUCACUGAGGCUGCAGCAAGCAAGAUUUGGACUCAACUGGAGAACCAUCUGCUGUAAAACCACCAAGGUUUUAUCCAGUCAAAACAUGAAAAGAAGUAACGGGUCUUUAAUUGAGCUAUUUGGAUUUAAUUCAAGCCAAUGAAACUUUGUAAUGCCUAAUCAACUCUAUCGUAACACAAGACGGGGAUAUUAACCAAUCAACCUGCAAAUCCCGUGAGAAAUUUAACAAGUCAUAAACAGAGUAUCAAAGUACCAACAAAAGUAUGGUCACUGUACAGUUACAAGAUAGAAAAAAAAAAGUGCUGAUCUCAAAAAUCAGGUAUUGUUCUUCAAAACAUAAAGGAUUCCGAACAAACUGCAACAAUGUGAAAAGAUAGAUUUUUUUUUACAAUAAUCAAAUGUAACCAUUCAGAAUACAAAGUUCUCAUAGAGUGUCAGUGGUGCCACAGUAUUCCUGCGUGUGUGAAAGUAUAUGUUUAUUAUUUUUUGCCUUCACACCCAGUCUGUAUGUAUAUAUGUGUGUUUGAUAAAACAGCAGUGUUGUCUCUCAGCAUUUCAGAAUAGACUGAGGUGCUGAGAUCUCUGCUAACCUACGGUAUCCUUACAGUGUUCAUGUAUCAUAAAUGUUCUUUCACACACACAUGCACACACACAUACAGGCAUGCACACACAAAACCUCCAAGCAUGUAAACACAAACUCAUACAGUGCUUUUACAGAAUGUGAACAUGCAUAGGGCCACAGUUUAUGACAUGAUUCAGUGGCCAUGUAACAUAUAGUAUAUAAUAACUUGCAUUACCUUUCAUACAGAAACAUUAAGCACACACACAAACACAAACACACACACAUACAUAAAGCAUAUUAGAACAUAAGUAGGAACACAAACCCACAUUAAGAUGUGCGCAGUUGAUAUGCACUAUGUGUGUAUGUGCUCUUAAUCAUAAUUUUAACAUAUUGCCUCUCAUUGAAUUAGCUGUAGCAUUUUGCCUGAUCCCCUCCAGCCAAUAUUUAAACAUGAAAUGUAUUUAAAUAAUUACUCAUCUCUCUGACUGAUGUGUGGGGCUACAUUAAAGGGAAUCUACUGUAUGUAAUGAUAGACAAUGUGGGAAUAUGAGAUAUUCUGCAUACUGUAAGUAGGACUCAUAGAAAAACCAAAUUUCUGUAAGAAAAAAAAAAAGAAAAGAAAAAAGGACUCUGCAUGAAAGAAAGAUAAUGCUAACUUUUUUUCUCUCUUUUUUAAACCACACGCCUUUUUUGGAUACCACGCCUAUUUGGAUACAUCUGUAGUACCUAUAUGUGUAUAUAUAUAUAUAUAUAUAUAUAUAUAUAUAUAUAUAUAUAUACACAUAUAUAUGUGCAUAUAGGGAAAUGGAGAUAAUGAUGGCAGCAAGGGAGUUAGCUUCAGUGGAUUAAACUGUUCCUUCCUUAUCAUGGAGAGAGUUUGGGGUAACCUUGGGCCUCUCUCUCAGUUUCCAGAGCCUUGAGUUGGCACGGAUGGUCCCACAGGCUGCAACAAAAAAGAACACAAUGUAAGUGUGAGCUCAGAGUUCUGCUGCAACCCUUUUUCACCGCACAGUGCCGACCUGAACACGCCCAUACUGCUGUGCUGAAUCGCGCAGAUAACAGACUCCCUCACAUUCGUCCUUCCCAGCAGCUACUGCACGACUCCAGACACACUCUGCUGCACUGGGCUGAAGAGUGGGUGUGGAUCGAGGCCAGCACAUCUUAAUUCCCAUCAUCAGUGUGUGGUUCAGUGGUGUGAUAGGGAUAAUAGGGUUAGGUCGUCCCUGUGGUCUUAAUGAGUUCCCUUUCUUCUCUCUUCUCCUCCCUUGAUCUGUGCUGAUCUCAUUAAUGUCUGGCUAGGCGAAUGUAACACUGAAAAUUGCCAGUAAGUCUGUCUCUUCAUUUUUCUGGUUGUUUUGGAUCAGAUGAAGCAGAGGAGACAUGGUUGUUAAGGAUGUACUGCAGUUUAAUUCAUAGAUUCUUGUACUGCAUAGUUAGACUCAAGAGCAACACUCAGGUAAGAUGUGCAACAAUGCUUAACCUACCAACUAACUACUUGUGGUUUUUAUGUGGCCACACACACACCCACACAUGUUGCUUGACUGUCUCCUCACUGAAAGAUGUGCAGCAACAGUAAAGUAGUAAGUACCAUGAUGAUUGUUUAUUUUACAAUGGUAAUUAGGGUGAAAAAUGGGUGUAUUCUAUGUGCGUGACUACACUUUGUAUACCUGUAUAUACCUUCAACUUCACAAUUCUGUGACUGACACCUUUAGCUUGUUUUAACCCACUGAUCUACUUACUCCCAGAGCCUUCAUUACCCCCAAAUCCCUAACAUGGCUGUUUACUGAGCUCUGUUGUUGAUGAACUGUGCGGUGGAUGAAAUGAAUCUCAAGGCCCAACAUAUGGAGUUAUUCUGUUCAUGGAGCGUUCAUGUUGAAUUAGUGAAAACAAUAGUAACAUCCUGCAGGGAUUCAUACACCAAGACACAGACGGACACAUGCUCAUUCUCUGGGAGAAAGAGUUGAGAUAAGUGGGUCUUGAUCCCUUGGAUGCCUGAAAGGUCAUAAGGAACUAAGGUCCAGUUUGUGAGUUUUGGAAAGAGACUCUUGACACAGCCCUGCCUCCUCAAAGUGGCAGAUAUUUCUUCAAACUGCUGUUUUAUGGCAGUUUCAUUAUGGCACCUUUCAAACCCUCCAAUCCGGAAUUAAGGGAACUUGCUGUACAUGAAUCAAUGUGGGUGUGUAUCUUCUUUUUAUACUGCACGUUUAAACAUGAAUAUGUUUCAAUCUACUGCAAAACAGUGAGGGGAGACAGACAGAGAGGAGCAUAACAUCUGGGAUCUAUCACCAACCAAUCAAGACAUUUUUAAAAGACACUUCAGUGGACACCAUGUACCUGUCAUCCCCCCUCGUGCUGUUACCCUUAUAGCCAUGUACAGAUAAAACUACACUGUAGAACAGAAACUGGAAACCAUAACAGACAAUGGCAUGCUUAAGGUCUUCAAAUCUGCACUUGAGAAAAAAAAAGAAAAAAACUGUUAUUUUUAUUUUCCUCUUCUUUGUUUUAUUUUAUUACGGGGGCUCGCUCUGUUUUUGCUGCUCCCUUCCUGUAAUUACAUAAUGAACUAAUUGCAUUUGCUAUGACGAGGAAGAAGAGGACCUGUCGACAAAUGGUUUGGUAUGAAGAUGAAUCAUGUAAAAGUUUGACUUUGACAUUAAAAACUUCAAACACU